AUGCCAACACGUCCUCCACCCCUCAGUACCCCUCACUCUUUACACACCCAUCUCCUCUCUUUCCUUACCCUCUCAAUCCACACUAUCCUCCACGCACGCGGUCUCUACCCGAAGAAUACCUUUCUCCUAACACGCGCCUUUAAUUUUCCAGUACCCCAAAACCGCCACCCCCAACUAUGCACCUACAUAAACAACUGCAUCACCUCCCUAACCCCCCACCUCCAAUCCGGCACCAUAAACACCAUCUCCAUCGUCAUCUACCGCGACCUUAACCCACCUUACCCCCAAAUCCUCGAACGCUACAUCUUCAAUCUCUCCUCCUUCCCCUCCAUCCCUCCAUCCGAACGCUUCACCGACUUUGAAUUCCGCGGUCUGAAUGAAAAAUACGAGGUCAAGAAUAUCGACGUGGAAGAGGAAUUACGCGCUACGUUGAGGAAAUUAGCUUAUAGUGCGGAGAAAUUGGGGGAUUUGAGGAAUCCGGAGGAGUGUACUUGGAGUUUGGUUAUGGAGUUGAAGGGGGAUGAGGGGGGAGAGGGGAAUGCGCCGAUUUCGCAUCCGCAGGUCUGGGAGCCGGCGGUGGCGGAGUUGCAGGUUGGGAGGGGGGAUGGGAUAGGGAAGGGGAAGGCGAAGGCGAAGGCAAUGGAGGGGAAUAGUAAUAAUAUGGGGGAAGUGAGGAUAGAGGGGGAAAAGGAAAAAGAGAGGAAAAGGGAGAGUAGAGUUGGAAAAGCAAGAGGUGGAGUGAAGAGUACGGCGAUUAGAGCUGUAGAGGUGGGAGAAUUCAUAAUGGAUGCUUGGAUUGAAGAGGGGAAGGCGAAAUUUGAGAUUCAAGAGCAGGGUUCUCAGGAACAAGAGGAGGGUCAUGAACAUGAUUAUGAUCAUGGAUAUGAACAUGAAAACGAUGAAUAUGGAUACGAGUGA